CAUGACAGUAGCGGCACGCUCGCUCAGUGCAUCACAUGUCUGCACCGUCCGCGCUAUCCGCUGGUAUAAAAACGAGCAGCAGUGAGACCUGAGCAGCUUCAGACGGUCUGGAGGCUCAGGAAGCAAACGGAGUUUUUGUUUUUGUUCAUCAUUACCUGCUGGCCCUGUGAGAGUCAGAGAGGAUGUUAAUGAUGAUGAUGAUGAUGAAGAAGAAGAAGGGGUCUCUGGCUGUGAUGGCCCUCCUUCUGGCCUCAGUCAACUGCAUCCUCCUUCCAUCAAAAGAAGAUCUUAACCAGAUCUCCGUCGAGGGGGAGAAGUAUCUGGAUAAACAGAUUGAAAAUGCCAUUAAUGGAGUGAAGGAGAUGAAGAGUGUGAUGCAGAAAUCUUCAGAGGACCACAAGACGCUUCUGGAUGCCCUGGAGAAGACCAAGGAGCAGAAAGAGGAGGCGAUUCGUACGGCUCAGGAGAUGGAGGCCAAGCUGGAGGAGGAGGAGGAGGUCUGCAAUGAGACCAUGAAGGCCCUGUGGGAGGAGUGUAAACCCUGUCUCAAGAACACCUGCAUUAAAUACUACUCCCGAACAUGCAGCAGUGGAUCUGGACUGGUGGGACGCCAGCUGGAGAGCAUGCUGAACAGAACGUCUCCCUUCUCCAUCUGGAUCAACGGGGAGAAGAUCGACGACCUGGAGCAGGAGGGACAGCGACAGAGCAGAGAAUUCAAGGACCUGAAUGAAAAAUACACAGUGAUGGCCGACGGUGUGGACAGCAUAUUUUUGGACAGUAUGAAGGCCGCCGAUCAAGUGCACUACGAUCGUCCAGCAUUCUUCCCUCGCAGCUGGGCGCCAUUGUUCAUUCGUCAGAGCAGAAGCAUUCGCUCUCUGUUCCACAACCCUUUCCCCAGCUUCCAGAGUCUGUUCUCCCCGAUGACGGGCAUGAGCAGGAACUUCUUCAGCUCCAUGGGCUCCAUGAUGGACGUCGACUCAGACACGCCUCCUAACGAGGACGGCAGCGUGAACGAGGACGUGAUCAUCACCAAACCUUUUGGCGACGGCAGGAUGACCUGCAGAGAGAUUCGCCGCAACUCGGCCGGCUGCCUGAAGUUCCGCGACGAGUGUCAGAAAUGCAAAGAGAUCCAGCAUAUUGACUGCUCCGGGAGGAAACCUCUGGAGAGCCAACUGAAGGAUGAGCUGGAGGAGGCGCUGGCCGUGGCCGAGCGUUUCACCCAGCAGUACAACAGCCUCCUGAGGAGGUUCGAGGAGCAGAUGUUCAACACCUCCUCCAUCCUGGACCUGCUCAACAGGCAGUUUGGCUGGGUGUCGGCUCUGGCGAAUGACACCAACAGCAGAGACAACAUCUUCCGGGUUCAGACGGUGUUCUGCAGGAACGCUGAGGACAAUCCAGCCGGGGAGGAGAAGCAGCCCGAAAAGACCGACGUGUCUGUGCAGCUCUUCGACUCUUCAGCCAUGAACUUCACGGUGCCGGGCAACAUCCCCUGGACCCACCCCAAGUUCUCAGAGGUGGUGGCUCAGGCGGCUCUGGACCGCUACAAGGAGACCAGCGUCAUGGUCAAAUAAAGUUGGAUUUGCAGCCCCACCUGUCAGCAGACGAGAUAAAUGUUCUUCAUGAAAACACACCUGGAAAAACCCCCGAAGCCAACCCACUGACUCUGAUGUAAAUCUAGAUGAAGUCCUGCUUUUGCCAACGACAAAGUUUAACCUCAGAGAUUUGUAUUGUUACGUUAGAGCUCUUUGUCCUGCUGUAAGAGAACAUACUCGGUAGAUAAGAGGCCAACUCAAUGUGAUUCAAGCCAGAACUGAUGUAACGCACUCUGAAACGGUUUCUUUUCUGCAUUCAGCUUUCUAACACAGCAAGAUUAAACUAAUCUCCUCCACAACAGUUCAAUAAAACAAAGAUUUGAAGGAAACUUCAGUUCAGAGGAGGUUUCAGUGAUUCGGAUGACCUGAAGUACCCCUCUGCAGAUCUCUGAUAGCUUUCAUCUGAGUUGGUUGAAGUGGUGUACUUGCUGGAGUUAAAACUCACUGAGUGGAGAGAUUAAAAGUUGGGAAAGUGAAAAUACUAGAGGAGUUGAUUAUGUUCAGGAUUUCUGUGAGGUCAGUCUGUACAGCAGCCUAGCAAUAAAGCGUCUAGAGAUCUAUUAAAACCUGCUCAAAUCCA